GAAGCGGCUGUCUGAGCGGGCUCGGCCGGGAGUCUCAGCCGCAGGGUCGUGUCCGCGCAGCGGUUGAGCGGAGGGCGGUGCUGGCUGGCGGGCGGGGGCCGCGGAGUUGCUGGACUGAGGCAUGAGCCCAAGGCGGCGUGACGGGACCCGGUAGUGCCUCACGGACCUGGAGUGUGCUGCCACCCAUGGUUGGCGACCGCGGUGAGCGGAGCAGCCUGGGCCGCCACCAUGAUGAAGCUGUUAGUGGCCAAGGUGCUCUGCAUGGGGGGGGUGUUCUUCUUCAUGCUGCUUGGCUCCCUGCUCCCUGUGAGGAUCAUCGAGGCGGACUUCGAGAAGGCCCACCGCUCCAAGAAGGUCCUGUCGCUGUGUAACACCUUUGGAGGCGGGGUCUUCCUGGCCACCUGCUUCAACGCUUUGCUGCCCGCCGUGCGGGAAAAGCUCCAGAAGGUUCUGAGCCUGGGCCACAUCAGCACCAACUACCCACUGGCCGAGACCAUCAUGAUGCUGGGCUUCUUCAUGACGGUCUUCCUGGAGCAGCUCAUCCUGACCUUCCGCAAGGAGAAGCCAUCUUUCAUCGACCUGGAGACCUUCAACGCCGGCUCAGACGCAGGCAGUGACUCUGAGUACGAGAGCCCCUUCAUGGGCAGUGGUCGGGGGCACGCGCUGUACGCCGAGCCCGCCCCCCAUGCCCACAGCCACGGCCUGAGCGUCCAGGAGCUGUCCCGGUCCAGCCCACUGCGCCUGCUCAGCCUGGUCUUCGCACUCUCGGCCCACUCCAUCUUCGAGGGCCUGGCGCUGGGCCUGCAGGAGGAAGGCGAGAAGGUAGUCAGCCUCUUCGUGGGCGUGGCCAUCCACGAGACACUGGUGGCCGUGGCCCUGGGCAUCAGCAUGGCCCGGAGUGCCAUGCCGCUGCGGGAUGCCGCCAAGCUGGCAGUCACGGUGAGCGCCAUGAUCCCGGUGGGCAUCGGCGCUGGCCUGGGCAUCGAGAGUGCUCAGGGCGUGCCCAGCAGCGUGGCCUCGGUGCUGCUGCAGGGCCUGGCAGGCGGCACUUUUCUUUUUGUCACCUUCUUCGAGAUCUUGGCCAAGGAGCUGGAGGAGAAGAGCGACCGGCUGCUCAAGGUGCUCUUCCUGGUGCUGGGCUAUGCGGUCCUGGCCGUGAUGGGUUUCCUCAACUGGUGAGCGUCCUCGGUCGCCACCACUGCUGCCGCCGCCGCCCAGUCGGACCCUAGGCCCUAGGCUGCCCUCCUCCCACGGGGUGGGCACACUCGGCCCAGGUGCCAUCCCCUGCGCCCGGGGGGGCCCCCUGGACCAGGGGGCUCCUCAGACCCCUCAUCCUGAGCCUCAGGGCACUGCUACUAUGUUUAAAAAUACUUCUCUCAAAAGUGUCAGCCCAUCCUGUGUGACCACGUUAACAGGGGUGGGGGGUACUGGGAGGUGGGGGCUGGGGUGGGAGUCAAGGUAAGCGCUGGGGACUGCCCUCCUCAUCCUCACACACCCCUGCCUGUGCACAAGGACCCCUAGCCAUCCUGCCUGUGCCCAAGUCUGAGUGGCGCUGUGUCAGCUGCUGGACCCCCCGCCUGGGGGAGUCCCUGUUUUCUGCCCCCUGCUCACCCCCAGGCCUUGUCAGUCCUAAAGAACAUUGGGGUGCUGUGGCGGGGUUCAUCUGAGUUUCUGUCAGCUGCUGUGGGACUUCUGGGUGGUUUCCAGAAGGAGCCCCUCACCCACCCUGUAGGUCCAUUCUGCAAUCCCAUAGGCCGACCUUAUGCGUCCUGCCACCCCAGACUGUACCUGCAGGGCGCGGGGAGGGCCAGGGCCUCUCCCCCUGCUUAUCUCCUGCUGCUACUCAGGAGCACCCCUCCUCCCUUCUGGUGGGGCCCCCCUGGAACGGGGAAGCUUCUCUUGAUGUGGGACCAGGGCCAGAGGUCGGCCAGUCCCCGAGGACCACUAGGCUUGGGAGUGGCUGUCUAGUGUCAUGGUUUUUCCCGAGAGAUUGAGGCCCGGGCCCUUAGAUGAUGCCCGAGUGAGGCUGGAAGAGGCUUAGCUGUGGGUUCUGAGGCUCUGCACGCCCAGGUACCCCAGAGGGACGGGGCCCCACUGUGUGAUCCCCACCAACUGUCCAACCAGUACAGACCUCAGACGCCUGCUCCAAAGGUACAAGAUCGUGGGAGCCACGCAGGGGAUGGCCAGACUGGGGGCCCUCUGCUCUGGCUGCCUCAUGGCAACCACUCUAAUUACCUGCCUGUUGUCGCGGUAACCCCGCUGGUGUCGAGGUAACCCUGCCUGGUGUCUGGGGAGCUGCUUCUCUUCAGACCUCCUGCUCUGCCUGCCUCGGAGCCACCCCCUCCACCCCUGGAGCAGGAAGGGGGCGGGCAGCAGGCUGGGCAGGUUUCCCCAGCCCCAAGGACCUGCUCAUGCCUACCACUCCUGCUUCACCGACCCUCCUCAGCUGGAGGGUGGGAGGGCCCUUGCUCCCCUUUCUAGCAUCCUGGGUUCCCUCCUGGCCCCCACACACCUUACCCACACCAGCGGGGCCAAGCAAAGUGGGACCCCAUAUGCUUCUCAACAAGCAGAGGCUCCCGUCCUCCCGGGUCGCUGUUGGUAGUUCCCGUCCUCCCGGCUCACUGUUGGGAGUUCCAGGACCAGACCCUGGCUCACCGCAACCCCACGUGUGUCACAGCAGACUUGAGCUCUGUGGGUUUUCAGUGGCUGGGUUUUUGGACGUUGAUCACCAGGCCUUUCUUCCGCCGCUGAGUGGACUCAAACUUUCAACCUUUUGAUUAGCAGCUGAGCGUGUUCACCGUUCGCGUCAGCUGGGGACUCCUUGAGGGUUCCUGUUGCCACUGAGUCGAUUCCAACUCAUAGUGACCCUGUAGGACACAGAAGAACAGCCCCAUAGGGUUUCCAAGGCUGUAAUAUUUACGGAAGCCGACUGCUACGUCUUUCUCCUGUGGGGAGGCUGGUGGGUUUGAACUGCCGACCUUUCAGUUAGCAGCUGUGUACUUUAACUACGGUGCUACCAGGGCCCUUUUGGUGGCUCCGGGGCCAGCUAGGAAUUGCUGCUCCUUGGGUGGGUGCUUUUCGGCCUGCCUGUUCCGCCCGCUCAGCCCUGUUAGGCACCAGAAGAAGAGACCUUUGAAACUUUGCGGCCUCCUUUGUUGUUCCUUCUGAGAGGUCGCGACUGCUUCCCUUCACUGCCUCCGUUGUAAAUAAACUGGACUUCAAACCCAAA